GCACUGGCGGGCAGAACCCCACGUAAACCCCUAAAACUUUAAACCAUUCUCAAUCUGUGUUCUUCGUUCUUCCUGAAAGAUCUGUUUCCCCUUCUCCGAUUCGACGUCAUGAGAAGGUCUUCCUCUAUCGCUUCCUCCUUCCUCUACCGCUCAAUCGGUACCUCUCAUGGCGCCGUUUCCGCCUAUGCCAUCUCCAAUCAGCGUCUUCUCCAAGCUGCGCUGUUCAGUUCCAGCUCCCACACCCACCGGCGCUGGUUUUCCUCUCUCCUAGAUUCCGUUGCUGGUGGUUCUACCCGAGCUGCAUCGCUCGGCGUUGUUGGAGCUGUUGCUUCUCUAGCUGCUGCUGUUUCUAUGUCCCAGGAUGUUUAUGCGAAGGAGCCCUUGCGGCAGGAGUUGGUUCCUAAGGAGGUUGUGCUCUAUCAAUACGAAGCGUGUCCGUUUUGUAAUAAAGUUAAAGCUUUUCUUGACUACUACGAUAUUCCAUACAAAGUUGUCGAGGUCAAUCCACUUAGUAAGAAAGAAAUUAAAUGGUCGGAUUAUAAGAAGGUGCCAAUAUUGGUGGUUGAUGGUGAACAGAUGGUUGACUCGUCAGCCAUUAUCGACCAGUUGAGCCACAAGUUUUUGUCAGAUCAAGAUGCUUCUUCUGUCCCUGAAGAUGAUGAAGAGACAAAAUGGCGUCGAUGGGUAGAUAGUCACUUGGUACACGUCUUAUCACCAAACAUAUAUCGAAAUACUUCCGAGGCCCUUGAAUCAUUUGACUACAUUACUAGUAAUGGUAAUUUUGGCUUUGCUGAAAAGAUUUCUGUAAAGUAUGCUGGAGCCGCUGCUAUGUAUUUUGUGUCAAAGAAACUAAAGAAGAAAUAUAAUAUUACCGAUGAGCGUGCAGCAUUAUACGAAGCAGCAGAAACAUGGGUAGAUGCUUUGGCUGGACGGGACUUCCUAGGAGGCUCGAAACCUAAUCUAGCUGAUCUUGCGGUGUUCGGGGUGUUGAGACCCAUCCGUUACUUGAGGUCGGGUAAAGACAUGGUGGAGCACACACGGAUCGGUGAAUGGUACACCAGAAUGGAGAGCACUGUUGGAGACUCCUCCAGGCUCAGAUCCUAAUCUCUCUACUGUCCUGGGCGUUGGAAACUCUGGAAAAAUCACUUUAUUUUCACUAGAUUAUCUCUCUUUUUGGGUACACAAUAUCUAUAUGUGCAAAUUUUGAAAUUCUAACUGAUUUUUUUAGGAACCAUCUUCAUUGUUACCCUGAGAAAUGGCGUCGUCGACGUCGAAGUAAUAAAUAGAAUACGUUUUUUGUUUUUUCGUUUUGAGAGACUUUGUUGGACAGAGUUGCAAGAGAUUGCUGAGAAAACUUGCUAUUUGAAGGUGAGCCAGAAAUGGAACUACAGAAGUGAACAGAUCACAGCUACGGAAGUACUAGCUUUUCCCGCCGGCCCUUGUUUGUUAUUCUCUCUUUUGAUUGUACUGCUUCAUGUGGAUGGAUAUGUGUGAGGACAAUAAUUUGUUGAAGUGAUAUAGUGCCCAUGCUUUGUUCAUAAAAGAAAUGAAACAAUAAUGGUACUGGUCA